AUGGACAUCAGCAACAGCCACAACAACCACAUCUUAUGGUUCUUCAAGCACAAAGGUUUCGAUGACAAAGGCAUUAACGAAAUCUUGAGAAAAUGCAAACGCCUCGAAUCUGUCCAAAAACAAAACCUAUCUGAAAACUGGGAUUACUUAAAAUCCAUCGGAAUCCAAGAACGAAAGCUUCCAUCAAUCAUCACAAAAUGUCCCAAAAUCAUGACCCUCGAUCUAAACCAAAAACUCAUCCCAAUGAUCCAAUGCCUCACAACUCUGUCAACAAAACCCGAAGAAGUCCCUUCCGCCAUAACCAAAUUCCCCCACAUUUUAACCCACAGCAUCGAAGAAAAACUUUGCCCACUCCUCGGUUUCUUCGAGUCACUGGGUGUGUCAGGAACUCAACUCGGUAAAUUAAUCCUCCAUAACCCUAGAAUCAUAAGCUACAGCAUCGAUUCGAAGCUUUCGGGGGUAGUUGACUUUCUUGUAAACAUCGGUUUGACCAAAGACGGAAUGAUUGGGAAAAUCUUGGUUAAAAACCCAUCGAUUAUGGGGUACAAUGUUGAGAAGCGAUUACGACCCACAACCGAGUUUUUACUUUCGUUAGGGUUGACGAAGUCUGAUCUACAAAAGGUAGCGAUUAAUUUCCCGGAAGUUAUGUGUAGAGAUGUGGAUAAGAUUUUGAAGCCGAAUCUUGAUUAUUUGAAAAGCCGUGGGUUUGAUUCGGGGCAGAUAGCGGGUUUAGUGGGGAGAUAUCCACCGAUUUUGAUUAAGAGUGUUAAGAACUCGUUGGAACCGAGGAUUAGGUUUUUGGUGGAGGUGAUGGAUAGGGGAAUUGAAGAAGCUGUGGAUUAUCCCGAGUUUUUUCAGCAUGGUUUGAAGAAGAGACUUGAGAGACGUGAGAAGCUUUUGAAACAGAAGAACGUUUCUUGCAGUUUGAGUGAAAUGCUUGAUUGUAAUCAUAAGAAGUUUCUUUCAAGAUUUGAUCUGGUUGCGAAAAUUGUUUAA